AUGCCUUGGGUCUUUUGCCUCAUACCCGAGUCUAAGGAACCUCAGACUGUGAGGGACGGUGCCGGACCAUCGUAUUCCUCUUAUCCUGAGGAACCUCAGACUGUGAGGGACGUUGCCAUCCUUCCAACAACUAAGAGGUUUCCCUGUACUGAGUGCGGGAAGAGUUUCCAUUUUAAAUCUCACCUUAACGUCCAUAUAAGAUCUCACACGGGUGAAAAACCAUAUUCCUGCCCUGAGUGUGAAAAAUGUUUCUCAAAGAAGUCCCAUCUUACCACACAUCAGAGAUCUCACACAGGGGAAAAGCCGUUUCCCUGUCCUUGCUGCGGGAAAUGUUUUAAACAGAAAUCAGAACUUGUGACACAUCAGAGACCUCACACAGGAGAGAAGCCAUUUUCUUGUCCUCAUUGUGGGAAAUGUUUUGCACAGAAGUCUGCUCUUUCCGCACAUCAGAGAUUGCACACAGGAGAUAAGCCGUACUCCUGUCCUGAGUGUGGGAAAAGUUUUGUGCAAAAAUUACAACUUGUCACACAUCAAAUGUCUCACACGGGGGAAAAGCCGUAUUCCUGUUUUGAGUGCGGGAAAUGUUUUUCAAGAAAGUCACAUCUUUCCAUGCAUCAGAGAAUUCACACGGGUGAGAAGCCGUAUUCCUGUUCUGAGUGCGGGAAAAGUUUUUCAUACAAGACCAAUCUUUACAGACAUCAGCGAUUGCACAUAGGUGAGAAGCCGUAUUCCUGUCCUGAGUGUGGGAAAUGUUUUGUAAAAAAAUCACAACUUCUCACACAUGAGAUAUUGCACAUGGGGGGAAAAAAAUAUUCCUGUCCUGAGUGCGGGAAAGGUUUUUCACAUAAGUCAAAUAUUUACAAACAUCAAAGAUUGCACACAGGUGAGAAGCCAUAUUCCUGUUCUGAGUGCGGGAAAUGUUUUGCACAAAAAUCACAUCUUGUCCAACAUCAGAGAUCUCACACAGGGGAAAAGCCCUAUUCCUGUCCUGAGUGUGGAAAAUGUUUUUCAGAUAAGUCACAUCUUUAUAGACAUCAGAGACUGCACACAGGUGAGAAGCCAUAUUCCUGUCCUGUGUGUGGGCAGUGUUUUGCACAGAAAUCAAAACUUGUCACACAUCAAAGAUCUCAUACAGGUGAGAAGCCAUUUUUGGGUCCUGAGCGUGGGAAAUGUUUUUCAGAGAAGUCCUCUCUGUUCACGCAUCAGAAAUUGCACACAGGCGAGAAGCCGUAUUCCUGUCCUAAGUGUGAGAAAUGUUUUGCAAAAAAAUCAGAACUUCCACAUCAGAGAUCUCACACAGAAGAAAAAACAUAUUUCUGUUCUGAGUGCGGGAAAUAUUUUGUGCAAAAAUCAGAACUUGUCUCACAUCAAAAGUCUCACACGGGUGAAAAGCCGUACUGCUGUCCUGAGUGCGGGAAAUGUUUUUCACAGAAGUCCAAUCUUUACAGACAUCAGAGAUUACACACAGAGGAGAAGCCGUAUUCUUGUUCUGAGUGCGGGAAAUGUUUUGCACAAAAAUCAGAUCUUGUUACACAUCAAAGAUCUCAUACGGGGGAAAAGCCUUAUUCCUGCCCUGAGUGUGAAAAAUGUUUUUCAAAAAAGUUCAACCUUUACAGACACCAAAGAUCUCACACAGAGGAAAAGCCGUAUUCUUGUUAUGAGUGCGGGAAAUGUUUUUCACAAAAAUCAGAUCUUGUCACACAUCAAAGAUGUCACACGGGGGAGAAGCCGUAUUCCUGUCCUGAGUGCGGGAAAUGUUUUUCACAGAAGUCCAAUCUUUCCAAACAUCAGAGAUCUCACACGGUG